AUGGAUAGCUACGUAAGGAACAGCUCGCACUUUCCACCGGCUAACGACGAUUGGGAGAAACUGGACGACCGUGAAUUGGUCGUGGCAAUGGCAGUUUACAUUUCUCUGCUGUCUGUUUCCGGUUUUGUGGGAAACAUCUUGGUGAUUGUUUCGGUGGCUAUAUCGCCAAGGUUGAGGACCACAUCCUACGCCUUCAUCGUCAAUCUCAGCGUGGCGGAUUUAGCGGUGAACGUCCUAUCCAUCCCGCUAGUCGUACGGUCGUUCUUGGAGUACGGCUGGCCGCAUGACCCGCUGUGGUGCCGCUGGGUUUGCUACCUGUUCCUGAUGGGGAUCGGCGUGUCGCUCUUCACGCUCACCGCUGUCGCUGCCAGUCGAUACUGCCUGGUGGCCUACCCGAGGAGGAUCUACAACAGGUGCUGCGGCAUGAAAGCUGCAGGGUUGAUCGUCGCCAACAACUGGUUCCUGUCCCUCCUGUUGGCUCUGAUCCACCACUGGGGCAACUUUGAUGGGAUCCGCUACAUUCCGUCCGUCCGGUUCUGCUUCCUGGACGCCUUCGAUGGCGUGUCGUACUGGUACGUUUCCGUUGCUGUCGUUUGCAUAGUCUGCUUCAUACUGAUCCCCCUCCUGUACUGCAUGACCUUCCGUACUCUCUACGUCAGCCAGAGGCGGUUGCACGCGGCUCGCAGGCGCAACGCAUUCGCCAGGCACCGCAGGCAGAUCCUGCACCCAGCCGAAAUCAAACUCACCAAAAUGCUGGCCGUCAUUUUCCUGAUACUCCUCUUCUGCUGGACGCCCAUCUGGGUGACGCACUUCGUGGACACCAGUCCGCACUUCCAGAGACUUGGAGUCAUGCUUGUGCUGACCAAUUCUUCAGUCAACCCUUUCGUGUACGCGUGGCUAAAUGAACACUUCAAACGCGCAUUUAAACGCAUUUUGCUUUGUCGGAGACGCCACCGAGCUCGAGUUAAGCCUCUGAUACUUUGA